UCUCGACCAUAUGGGAAUUAGGAACAAAACCUUCCUCUUCCUCGACGCCUCCUCUUCCCUUCUUCCACUUCCAAAUCUCCUAUCCAUUUCUCUCGUCAGAACCUCAAAUCGCUCACCUUUCUCGCGACUGCAUUUGAAGAAGCCGCAAUUCCGAACUUCGAAGCCCUAAUUCGUGCUCCCAACCUGCCAUCUUGUAUCCGCUUGCUGCUGGCAUACAGGCACCAAUGGCAGGCGUCAUUACGAAGUUCUUCAUUGCAUCACUGUUUAUGUGGAUAACUCCCAUCAUAUUGUUGUAUGGUUUUAACCACAAUUUGAUUCCUGGUUCAACACAAUUGAAUCCGCAUUCUCUUACACUCUUGAGUGGAUUCCUUGCUGUCAUAUCAGUCAAUGUUGUCAUUGCUAUUUAUAUUAUCAUGGCAAUGAAAGAACCCUCUAGUAAACAUGAACCGGAUCCUGCAUUUGUUGCCGAGGCAAAAGCUAGUAUAAACCAGUCUCCUGGGAAAGCAGAGGACCCCUCACAGGCCAAUAAUAAGAAGGAAGAAUAGGAAAUGAGAGAGGGAGGCUCUGAUGAGCUUAACCUUUCCAGGAUUUCAGAUGAUAAUGUCUCAUGUGUGGUCAGACUGUCUGCUUGUCAAUUGAGACUUGGUUUCUUUUCUUUGCUUCUAAUGAUGUUAUACUUGAAGAGGAGAUGUAAUAUUUGUUGGUUGGGGAGAAUUAGAAUAAAUUUUAGAUUCUUGUAUUUCUGGCUUCAUAGUUAGAACUUUAUAACAUAAUCCCGAUGGUUUCAAUCU